AUGUCUGACUCGACUCUCUACCUCUACACCUCCCUGACCGCGGGUUCCUCACAUAUCGUCACCGCAACCGCUCGAAUCGAGACCAUCCUCAAAGCCAACAAACUUCCCUUCCGCGCCAUUGACGUUGCGACCGACGAAGCUGCCCGUAAGCUUUGGGGCCGUCGGUCCAAGGGCAAGAAGCUGCCGGGCCUGGUGAAAUAUGGCAACAUUGUCGGUGAUUUAGAGGAGGUGGAAGAAUGGAAUGAGUAUGGCGAGCUUCGCAUGAUCGUCAACAGUGUCCAGGACCUCGACGGUAUGCCCGCGACAAGCAACCCUCUUCCUGUCUCCGACCCCCCCGCGGUGGAAUCGACUCCCCAACGACCCGAAAUGACAGCGCCACGAACCUCCACCAUUAAAAUUCAAAGCCCGCCAUCGACCAAGCCAGAGGAAAAGAAGGACGACGCGGCAGUUCUUGCGCUUCGCCAGGCGAGCUCUGAGGCUGCCACCAAGGCAAAGAACAUGGCUAACGAGAAGAAGCCCGAUGUCAAAAAGUCCGAGUCGACCAAGUCGGAUGAGGCUUCAGUCGCGAACCCAGUUCAGUCGGACCAGCCUUCUUCUCCCAAGGCCCAUCGUGGAUCUGUCGCUCCCGAACUCCCCGAUCUCGCUCCUGAUUCGCCCUCUGGUCCGAAGCGUCCUCCUCUCGUGCCCGAAGUCGCGGCCGUCUCCUCGGCCAAUUUCCACGUGGACAACGCGGUGGAACUGGGACUCGUGGAGCACCACCGGGGGUCGAUCAUCUCGGGCAGCGACGAAGCGGAUAAGGACCAGGUCGUAACGGAGAUUCGCCAGUCCAUCUCCGGGGCCGAGGGGCCAUCCGCCUCCUUGGAUGCCUUGAGAAAGGAAGCCGCUGGAAAGGACCACGAUGAGAGCAUCAUUGAGGAAGUGCCGGGUGCGGAGGAGACGCCAAUGGAAGAGAAGACCAAGGGGGAAUCGGUCACCACGGCACCAGAGAAGAAGAUUGAUGUGGAAGAGAAAGCGAAGCAGUGA